AUGGAUUGUUGGCACAGCGGUCGCUGCUGGCAUUUGCUGGUUCUGUGCCGCAGGGCCUUGGACCUCAACAGCUUUGGCCCACGCCGGCUCUACUUGUGUUGCCGCCAAAGCUGGAAGCUGGUAAGGUUUCAAGGUGGCACGUGGUACUGGCUGGUCACAUUCGCCAUCUUGCCAGGCGCUGUGCCGUCCCUGACAAGGCACGCCCCCCUCGAGAGCUGGCGCUCUGAAGGGGAGGACUUCCUCCAACAGUGUGCUGCUGCUGGAGGGGAAGUGGCCGUGGCUGCUAGCAAGCUGAAAUCUUUGUUGGAGGAGGCUGCGCUGCAGUACCUGCAGACCGCUUUGGAUGAACGUUCACCGCAACUGCUGUCGAGGCUGCACACCAGCAUUGCAGCCAGUUGGGCGAGAAGCGGACCAAGGUCAUGGCUGGUGCCUCAUGUGCAUGCCAAAGUCGCUCUGGCUGGCUCCUUCUAUCUAGACUGCGGAGGACCCUUGCAGGAAGACGACCCCGCUGAGUUGUGCGGUGUCUACUUGCAGGACCCUCGAACGCCAGCAGGUAUGGCUGAAGUACUUGAGUCCCUGCGACAAAAGCUUGGAUGGGGGGAGGCACAUCACGUCCGAGUCCGGUCUGGCAGCUUGCUGCUGUAUCCAGCAUGGCUCCAGCAUGCUGGACUUCCUCCAAGUCUAAAUUCCUCGAGCAAGGAGGAAGCAGUGAGCUCCGUCUCCUUUACUGUGGUUGUGCAGCUCCGAGAGAGUGCCGAACGAUCGCCGGGUCAGCGCAGCACCAGCCACCAGCAAGAGUUGUGA